AGUUGUUUAAUGUAUUAAUUUUGGAAUGUAGAAAGAUUUCGGGAUAAUCAUCCUAACAAUUAUGAUGAUUUAGGCACUCAAUAUAUUUAAUUAAUAAUCAGAAACAUAGACAUUAUUCUAGAUCAUUUUAAUAAUGAAAGAUUUUUGAAUACUCUCGCUCCACUUGCAGAAAUAUAUGCUCCAAGCUAGUAAUAUUAUUUAUAUAAAUCUAUGAUUAGUUUAUAUUAAGCUUAGUUAUUAGCAGAUAAUUUAGAAUUAUUAUAAGAGUUUCUAAGUAGAUUCAUUGUAGAAAAAGAUGACUAAACAAUAGCAAUGAACUAAAAAUUUGAUUAAAUUAAUAAGCAAAUAUCAGCAUAGCAUUUAUUAGAAAUUGUAAAUUCAGCUUUGGGUACGAUUUCAAAUUGGAAUUAAUUUCGAAAUUAAUCAAUGGAUAUGAAUAUGUUUAGAGAUAAAGGUAUAUUAUUUAAUUCUAGAUUUAGUUGAUACUCUGCGAAAUAAUUUUUAAUUAUAAAUAAACUAGAAUUGUAAUUGCCCAUGCUAACUUAUUUGA